AACAGGAGAAACUCCGUCUCUUCUCUGUGAUCAUAAGCUUUUGCAGGUUCUCGCUCCCACUACCAUGGCUUUGACAAUGGCAGCCCGGCCGAUCUACUGCGAAUUGCAGUCGCAGAAAUCGGAGGUUCUAACAGUGAAAGUCUCACCGAUUCCAAAGCUGCAGCUGAAACCCACCUCCAUCGAUGAUCCAUCUUCACCUUCAUCGCCCGAUCACGCCAAGAUCGUACUUCAACCCCGUCUCUGUACUCUCAGAUCCUACUGCUCAGAUCGCACCGGUUUAAUCCGAUUCCGCCUUGACUAUGAUAAAGUCUCUCCCUUCUUCGCUACUCUUUCCGAGUACAUAGAAAACUCCAAGAAGACUCAGGACUUCGAGAUCAUCUCCGGCCGACUCGCUAUGAUGGUGUUUGCUGCGACGGUGACGAAGGAGAUAGUGACGGGGAAUUCUCUGUUCCAGAAGAUGGAUUUACAGGGAAUCGCAGAGGCAGCAGGGGUGUGUUUGGGUGCGGUGGUUUCUGCGGCUGUAUUCGCUUGGUUCUCUAGUGCUCGGAAGAGAGUGGGUCGGAUCUUCAAUGUUGGCUGCAACAAAUUCAUCGAUUCCUUGAUUGAUAAUCUGGUUGAUGGGUUGUUCUCUGAAACAGAGCUCAGCGACUGGUCCGAUGAGAUCUGAGGAUUACAUUGAUAGUAAUAUACAGUACUCAUCCAAUCCUUUAAUCUCUAUAUUCCAUAGCUGUAGACUACUGAUUAUACUCGCUUAUGCAUCCCUGUGUUGUAUCGCAUGUGUGGAUCUGUGUUUGUACAUAUUAAGAACUUGAGAAUUUUGUCAGAACUGUUUGAAUCUUGAAGAGAAUAUAGUUGCAGUGUUAUACUGUCAA